AUGGUCCCUGAUGUCAUUGUUGCGGAAGUGAAAAGUCUACGUGUGGAAGAAAGGUUGGUCGGAUCGUAUUUGAGUAGCUUUUACGCCGUGUAUGCUUAGGUCCAAUCCAAUGUAGCUACUCCCCUACUCACCGGACCGACGUCGGGCAAAUGGAUGCACCGAGCCGCCGCCGGGGCGUAUUAAAUACAAUGGGACAAGGAGGAGCCGCCGACGGGCUGUAAUGCUGCGGCGUGCGCAGCUUGGUCUCCGGCAGGUGCUGAGUCUGAUGGCCCGGAGACCGGCUCUGCUGUGCGGGGCCGUCGUGCUCGGAGUUCUGCUCGUACUGGCGGUCAAGUUCACAUGCAGUCGUGCAAGGAACGUGGUGGCAGCAGCUCCACCGCCACUUCGCUUCUUCUCCCCUGAAUCCCCAGUCGUGGACCUCUACUUGGGUCAGCUUGAUCAGGUAGAGCGUCUCAGGAGUGUGGCUGAGGUGUCUUUUGUCUUCUUCUACGCACCGUGGUGCGCCCACUCCAUGGCCGCCAGGCAGGAAGUCCAGCUGGUCGCCAAGAAACUGGCUAAACAGGUGCAGUUUGUGGCCAUCAACUGCUGGUGGAGUCAAGGCAAGUGCAGGAGGGUCAAUCACUUCUUCAAGUAUCCCAUCAUCCACCUCUUUUACCGACAGUUCGGGCCUAUCGAGUACAAGGGUCCGUUCGUGGCGGGCUAUGUGGAAAGUUUUAUCCUCCGAGUGAUGACGCCGCUCACGUACCUCCCGUCAAGAGAUGCGGUGCUGGAAUUCCUCUCCUGUCACGAGCCCCGAGUGGUGGGCUUCUUCCAGUUUAACUCUUCACCUCAGCCGCCCGGCUACACCACAUAUCUCGCCUCUGCUCUGCAGGCCCUAAAAAGAGAUUUCCGCGGCGUGGUCCGCUUCGGGGUGGUCACCAACAGCCGGGUGGCAGAGGCCAUCUCGUUGAAAGAGGACGAAAGCGUUUAUCUCCAUAGAAGAUUUAACUCUUCGUUGGUUUUCCCUCGAUGGGAACGCAACUUCACGUCCCGUGCUGUAUGUAGCUGGGUCUUUGAGCACCACGAGAGCGUCCUGCAGUGGCUGCAGCCGCCGGGGACAAAGUCUUGGCUACUGGAACAUGAACUGACCAAAGGGGCGGCGCUAUUGCUUUUCCUGCCGCACGAUCCCCUCGUCUCCGAGCCCGACGGCCUCUUGCGGCAGGUUGCGGACGUGGCCUUACGUUAUCACUCCUGCGACGCGCGGAAGCAACGCUUGACCUCCAGCGUGCCCUGCUGCCACUCCGUGCUCGCCCCCGACUCCACCGCGUGGUGCGACGUGUGCCCGACGUCGUCGGCGCGCUGCUCGUCACGCCCUACGCUGCAGUCCACAUCCGAGCGCUUCUGCCUUCACCUUCAUUGUCGCAGCUUCGCCCUCAGCUACAGCCCGCUGAGCCAUCACAGUGCCUGCUGCGGGAAAUUCCAUCCCCAGCUUAGCAACAACUCCAAAACCAAAGAGGCGCCGUCCCGUUUGACUUCGUCCACUGUCACGUCUUCGUCCGAUGCCCUCAAGGGGCUCGGCUGUCAGACCAACAAGACGCUCAGGUUCUACGUGUUGGACAUGGAGCUCAACUGGCCGCUGGCGGUGAGGUUGGGGGCACCGGGAAAGGGAAACUCUUCCUCAUGGCGCCACCGGCAAACCGGCGCGCAGGGCGACGGCUCCUUUGCGGCCAUCGUGAACUUGAAGGACGAGGUGCAUUAUGUGCUCCAGCGCACCCCCUCCGCCACACUCACCGAGUCACUAGAGGCCUUCAUCAUGAACUUCAGCGCCCCCUACAGCCUCCUGCACAGACACUUGGUGGGCGAGGAGCCGAGAGAACACCGAGUUACGCGUCAGAACCGAUCCCAGCAGCAGCACGAUGAGCCUCCGCAGCCGCUUAUCACCGAACUGACCACGUCCUCCUUCCUGUCCUACGUCAUGGAUGUUGAAAAGGACGUACUGCUUUUCUACUACACACAAUGGUGCGGCUUCUGCUCCGUUCUCAACCACGUCCUCAUCCAGCUGGCUCGAUUGCUGCAGCGCCACAGCGGUGUCACUCUCGCCAGGGUGAAUGUUGCACGCAACGACCUCCCGUGGGAAUUUAUGGUGGAUCGUGUUCCCUCCAUUCUUUUCUUCCCACGAUACAGAAAAGAGCUGAGCGUGAAAUUUCCAGAUGAUCUUCCCAUCACUCUUCCAAACCUCCUCCGCUUCAUCCUCAAGCAUUCCGGCUCACUCCCUGACACGGACAAAUCCUCACCAACCGGCGCGGCGGACGCUUCGGGUCCCGGCAGCGCCGUCCUGCGCGCCGAGUUGGAAGCCGUCCAGCGCGAGGUACGGACGCUGCACCGCACCCGUGAGCUGCUCUCCCAGCAGCUGGCGCAACUUUGGCGUGACAACCGGCAGCUGCGUUUGGACGCUCGCGGACUGGAAGCUCAGAACGCCGAGCUGCGGCGGGAACAACGCCAUCUGGAGGAGCGACGGCGGGAGAAGAGCCGACAACUGGCCGAGGCCUUGCGGCGGCUGCGGGAGCUGGCUGACGCCUCGCAGAAUCUGCUCAACCAAAACGCGCUGCUCAGGAUGGUGCUGAGGGCCUUGAAGGAAACGGCGGAGCCCGAAGUUGUGGAGGAGGCGGAGGCGGAGGGGGAGCCUCCUGUUCCGCCGGCGGGAAGCCACUUGGCUUCCUGACCGUUGCUAUGGCAAACAGGAGCACCGGGAUGUGAAGGGAUAGAUUGGAAGUCUGACUUUUUUUCCGGGUCUUCUCAUGAUCGACGUGCCUACCAAAUUUCGUGUGGAUGAGUGAAACUGGCUUGGCGGACUGCGGUUUCAAAAUCACGGUUGUGAUAAGCAAACCAGUGGAUAAGACUUAGCACUUUGCAGACCGCCACCAAGGCCAACAUUGCACGCUUCUUUUAAACACGAACCGUCAUAUUUGAAGACGGUCAUUAUUCAUAAGGCCAUCUAACAUCACUCAGGAGAGAAAAAAAUAAUUUCUCACAUCACACGGGUACUGUAUAUUGUUUUUCCAAUUUGACAUAACUGGCCCCACAGCCCUUUUAGUGCGUCUGUUAUUGGGACAUAAUUAAGCGCAUUGAUUACGGUGAGACAAAUUUACAUUCCAAUAUGCAGUUUUUGUUCAGCAGACGCCGCCAUUUUGUGCAAUCUUAUGUCACAGGUGUCCGUCUGAUUGUGCUUCCAUUAACGCUUCUAAUUUUUACAAUCACAGCCAUCAAACGAUUUGAUAGCAGGAGAAAUAAUUUCAUACUAUUUUUUUUGUGACUUUUUUUGGAGUGGGGUGAAAUAAAACAAUGACAAAUGGCACCUUCUUGGUGGUAGGCCGUAAUUAAUGAUUCAGUAUACAGUAUUAAGUAUUGGAUUUCAGUGCCAAUGACUUCUAAGUGUCUUGAUAAUUGUACAUGACUUCAGUUUUAACACUCGAAUGGCUAUUGUGUUGCAAAGGUGAUCCAAUUGAUCUAUUUUUACACUUGAAUCACUAAACUGUCAUUUAUAUGGAACAAUCCAGGCGUACUGAGAUCCUGCAAUAGUUUGUGUGACGUAUUGAAACGUUUUUUUACGGAUUAAAAUUUGUUGCUAUCCUGCA